AUGACUUCCUUGGGCGACGACUUGCUUGUAACCGUCAACAAGCUCCAGGACUUGGUGUUCAAUACCAUUGGGAACGAUUCCUUGGAUUUGCCACAGAUUGUAGUCGUCGGCUCGCAAUCGUCCGGAAAAUCUUCAGUGCUUGAAAAUAUCGUUGGACGAGACUUCCUACCCAGAGGAAGCGGCAUUGUUACUAGACGGCCCUUGAUUCUCCAGCUCAUCAACGUUCCCUCGGACAGUGACGACGAAAAUGAACCACACACUGCCGGCAGUGUCCAACAACACGGAGAGUGGGGAGAAUUUCACCACCAGCCUGGCCGGAAAUACACCGAUUUCGCACAUAUAAAACAAGAGAUUGAGAACGAAACCGCGAGAAUAGCGGGAAAUAACAAGGGAAUUAACCGUCAGCCGAUAAACCUGAAGAUCUUCUCCCCACAUGUGCUUAAUUUGACUCUCGUGGAUCUUCCUGGCUUGACCAAAGUCCCGAUUGGUGACCAGCCUUCCGAUAUCGAAAAGCAGACACGGACGUUGAUUUCGGAAUAUAUUGCCAAGCCAAACAGCAUUAUCCUUGCUGUAUCUCCUGCGAACGUGGACAUUGUCAACUCUGAAGCUUUGAAGCUCGCUCGUCAUGUUGAUCCUGUUGGCAAGCGAACUAUUGGUGUGCUCACUAAGCUUGAUCUUAUGGACCAUGGAACCAACGCAAUGGAUAUCCUUACUGGCCGUGUCUACCCAUUGAAGCUGGGUUUCAUUGGAGUGGUUAACCGCUCUCAGCAGGAUAUCCAGGCAGGUAAAUCUCUGGCAGAGGCAUUGAAGUCCGAAGCUGAAUUCUUCCGGCAUCAUCCUGCCUACCGCAACAUGGCAAACCGAUGCGGUACCCAGUUCCUUGCUAAGAGCUUGAAUUCUACUCUCAUGUCACAUAUCCGUGACCGUCUGCCUGAUAUCAAAGCCCGCCUCAAUACGUUGAUGGGGCAAACCCAGCAGGAGCUAGCCAGCUACGGAAACAAACAAUUCAGUGGGCGAGAGCAUCGUGGCUCCCUGAUACUCCAGCUUAUGACACGGUUUGCUUCCUCUUUUAUAUCAUCCAUUGACGGAACCUCCUCCGAGAUAUCAACAAAGGAAUUAUGCGGCGGAGCAAGGAUUUACUACAUCUUUAAUUCCGUGUUUGGAAACUCCUUGGAGACAAUUGACCCCACCCACAACCUCUCUGUCCUAGAUAUUAGAACCGCCAUCCGCAAUUCAACCGGUCCCAGACCCAGUCUUUUUGUUCCAGAGCUUGCGUUUGACCUGCUUGUGAAGCCUCAGAUAAAACUCCUUGAAAUACCCAGCCAGCGCUGCGUUGAGCUUGUUUAUGAAGAACUUAUUAAAAUAUGCCAUACUUGUGGUUCAACCGAACUUUCUCGAUUCCCAAGGCUGCAGGCGAAGCUGAUCGAGGUCGUAUCUGACCUUCUCAGAGAGCGCCUGGGCCCGUGCUCAAGCUAUGUUGAAUCUCUUAUUUCUAUCCAGCGUGCAUACAUCAACACCAACCACCCUAACUUCCUUGGUGCAGCUGCCGCCAUGUCAUCUGUCAUUCAAAACAAACAGGAGAAAGAGAAACAGGCUGCUAUUGCCGAAGAAAAGAAAAAGCGGGAUAGACGGCGGCUGAAAGAGCUUGGGGCCGCGAAUGGAGUCGCUACCCCUGAUGAAGAGGAUAAUGUAGAAGAGAAACAACAGGCUCUUCCGGUCAGAGGACAUUCCUCGAAGGCAGCCAGGACUGGAUCACCACAUACUGGACGCAAUCCUGAAUCCAUAUCCUCUGCUCUCAACGGCCUCCAGUCUGCCUCUCCCCCACGAUUGGGAAGCCAGCACGGAAAUGCCAAAGAUUCGUUCUUAAACUACUUCUUCGGCAAAGACGGCCUGCCAGGCUCUACUCCUCCCCCAACAUCCUCUGGCCUCUCGCGCCAUGUCAGCCAUGCAAUGGAGCCUAGCUUCAGCCAGAGUUUCCGUCGAAAUGAAGUCCGGUCUCCAUCUAUUCCUCACUUCCCUGCUCCUCAAGAGGAAUACGCUCCAACCGAGUACGGUGAUAUGUCGUUAGCCAAUGACAACGCCGAACCAGUCCUAACAGACCGUGAGGCCCUGGAGACGGAGCUCAUCCGCCGCCUUAUUUCAUCUUACUUCAACAUUGUCCGUGAGACAAUAGCAGACCAAGUCCCCAAAGCCAUCAUGCACCUUCUCGUCAACCACAGCAAAGAAGUGGUUCAAAACCGCCUAGUCAGCGAACUUUACCGAGAAGAUCUAUUCCCUGAACUCCUUUACGAAGAUGACGGCAUCAAGGCUGAACGCGAGAAGUGCGAGAAGCUACUAGAAACCUAUAAAGAGGCCGCGAAGAUCGUGGGCGAGGUUUUGUAA